GACCCCUCCCACUUUCACUCAAAUUUUCACCGCAUUUUUUCAAUCCGAGUUUUACAAUCUUUGCUAUGUAAAUUUUAUAUAAAAUAUGGAUAAUAAAUGCGCGGAAUGCGGUAAUCCCGCCGAAUUAAAGUGUUCUGCGUGCAAAUUGGUGGCCUAUUGUGGCAAGGAACAUCAGAGAAAGCAUUGGAAAGAGCAUAAAGUGCUGUGUAGACCUUUUGAGAUCGGAGAAGAUCCUGCAAUAGGAAAAUGUUUAAUUGCAACCAGAGAUCUCCAGCCAGGAGACUUAAUUUUAACGGAAAAUCCCUUAGUCUAUGGUCCUCGGCCCCAUAUGGUUGAGGAAGGACCCAUACCUUGUCCAGGAUGCUGCCGAUUGAUAAUUCCUGACAAAGCAGCUAGAUGCGAGGGUUGUGAUUUUCCGGUUUGCAACCCGAAGUGUCCCGGAUUAAAGGACAUGGACAGACAUGGUCACGAGUGUAUGAUUUUGGGACUUAGAGACGUAAGGGCUAUAAACGGAUUGCACGAUUUUUACAGACAAGAUGUCUUGCUCACUUUAAGAUGUUUGCUACUACAAAAUAGACAUCCCAAAAAGUUUCAACAAAUUUUAGAUAUGGAAAGUCACAUGGACAGAAGAGGCAAAAAUACUGACACUUACAACAUAAUCGAGAGCAGAGUGGCCGAUUAUCUCCUGGAUAACUUCUUUGCUCCCAUGCGUAUCUUGGAGGGAAAAUCGGGCAAGCAGGUAUUGAAAGAUAUCUCCAAAGAAACAAUUCAUAAGAUUUGUGGAGUUAUUGACGUAAAUGCUCUAGAAAUUAACCAGGAUGCUGAAAUCACUGCUCUGUAUCCCACCGCUUACCUUAUGGAGCAUAAUUGCUUAAGUAAUACGGUACAUCAGUUUGAAAAUAGCGACAAGGGAUAUACCAUAACUAUAAAAGCAGCCCUACCCAUAAACAAAGGGGAGCACAUUUCCACGAUGUACACCCACGCCCUCUGGGGAACCCAGGCCAGAAGAGAACAUUUAAAAGAAACAAAAUAUUUUGAAUGUAAAUGUAAAAGAUGUAAAGAUCCUACUGAGUUAGACACUUAUUUGAGCGCUCUAAGGUGCAUUGGGACUUUAGAUGAUGAACCUUGUGGAGGUAUUCAGCUACCAAUCAACCCCUUGGACGAUAAUACCGAGUGGGCCUGUAAUAAAUGCGACGUAAAACUUACCAAUCAAGAAGUCUCUUUUUUGGUGAAUCAAAUUGGUGAGGAAGUGGACAAUGUUCAACUGUCCAAUCCGACUGUUAGGGAGCUGGACAGCCUUUUAACGAAAAUGUUAAAUUUUGUACAUCCGAAUCAUUACCAUGUUUAUUCGGUGAAACAUUCCUUGGUCCAAUUGUAUGGGUAUCAACAGGGUUAUAUGCCCAACCAGUUAAGCGAUGAUGUGCUUGCGAAGAAAGCAACAAUGUGUCGAGAACUUUUGGAUAUUAAUAAGAAAAUCGACCCAGCCAAUGCAAGAUUACCGCUUUACUCAGGAGUCCUUUUCCAUGAACUCUAUCUAGCCAACAUGAUUUUGAUAAAACGUAAGUGGGACUUGGGAAUUAAAACCAAAGUAAAAUCGAUUAAUUUAAUGUUGCAAGAGUGUAAAUUUUCUCUGCAUAAAGCCAUCGAAGUACUGCAAAACGAGAAAAACUCUCCUGCUGGUGAAAAAUUACUAAAUCUCAUAAAAGGAUCCAAGAAAGAAUUUGAGAAGUUUGUUACUAGAAAUAAGAUAGAUGUAGCUUAAACAUAUAUUAUUGCAAUGUCACCUUUUAAAGAAAUAAAUGUACUCAAUUAAUAA